AUGCGUUUCAUGCGUCUCCUCCCGAUCCUCGGCCUCGCCGCCAGCACUGCCACCGCGCAAAUCAUCAGCAUCCCCGGCCUCGACCUGAGCCUCCUCGAGGACGGCGCCCUGAUCAACCUCGACCUUACCGCCAACCUUCUCGGCGGCGGAGACUGCAACGGCGCGACUGUCGGCGUCUACACGGCGCUGCUGGGGCUCAUCAGGGCGUGCGUCUGCGUCAACAUCCUCCAGCCCGGCGCCGGCGAGGCGGCGUGCCCUGCUUGCCCGUCGGGAGCUAGCCCUGUCUGCGGCAGCGCCAAGUGCGCCUGCGCCUGCCCGUCCGGCACGUACGCCACGCCCGACGCCUGCGUGCCGAACACCAACUGCCCGGCGCCCAACGUGCUCGUCAACAACGGCCAGUACUCGACGUGCCAGUGCGCGUCGGGCUUCGUCUCGGACGGCGCCGAGGGCUGUGUCGCGGUCGGACCCUCGGCUCGCGCCCGCUCGCGCCACCGCCGCGCGCUCAACGCCAUGCCGCACGGUCAGGACGUCUUUGCGCCCAAGUCGUCGGGCGGCCGUGCUGCCAAUGCGUGCCCGAGGGGCGAGACUGCUUGCCCUACUGCGUCGGGCGGCUUCGAGUGCAUCGACACCUCGUCGAGCCUGACGUCGUGCGGCGGCUGCCCCGGCGCCGGCGGCGAGAACUGCCUCGCGAUUCCGGGCGCGCUCGCCAUCCAGUGCCUCGACUCGCAGUGCCACGUCGGCUCCUGCUUCAAGGGCUGGCGCCACUCGAAGGAGCGCAACGGUCGUUGCGCCUGAACGCGCACGGGCCUCGGCUCUUCCUCGUCCUCGGACCUCUCUUCCUCCCCUUCACCUUCUGGCCAUCUCGCCUAUUUUUGAUGCCCCUUUGCUCUCGAGCACCUAGAUACCUCGCGGCCCUCCUCUCUGUACCCUUCUCCCCCCUUUACGCACCGCACGAACCCCUUCUUCCUUUCGCCCUCGCCCCCCCUUUUCCCCUCGACUCGACAGCCGCGAGCUGUGUAGCGUUAGCUUCCUUUCUUCAGCCUCGAAGCUGUAACGCGUAGCGUGUCUGCGCCUUCUCU